AUGUCAUCUACUACAACAACGGUGUCCCAGGAGGCACAGGUUGGCAUGGUGCGGACUUACCUGGAGUCUCAUGGCUCAGACGCCCUUGAUGAAGUUAUGGCCGGCAUUGCUGGAAGUUCAGGUGCUGCUGUGCUGGAGAGGACGGCUGAAUGUGCAGCUGUUUUGGAGAGAACAGCGGAAGACCCCCCUGCAGACGGUCGGAGGGCCAGGACGACAAGGCCUCCAACACGUUUAUCCCCCAGUCCUGUAAGAAGAACCGCAGAAGAAUGA